AUGCUGGCGGAAAUAAGAACAACAAUAAGGGAGGAGAUAAUGGAAGUGAGGAGAGAUUUGACAGCCCUGGAACACAGAGUUGAGGACCUGGAGCCCGAAAGGACCCAAACUCUACAACACCAGCAAGCCACAGAUAUGGCCGCCACCAGGCAGGGAAAUGUCUUACUCGACUUAGUGGAGGACUUAGACAACCGUGGUUGGAGGAACAACAACCGCAUCAAAGGCCUCCCAGAGUCCACGGGAGAAGCACUGCAAGAACUUCUGACAGGCCUAUUUACCCAUAUCCUCGGUGACAGGGCCCUAGAUGACUACGGAAUUGAGCGAGCACACAUAGUGCUCAGACCUCCAUCAGCAGAGGGCCCACCAAGAGAUGUUAUAUGCUGCCUGCUGUCGUUUGCUAUAAAGGACAUGCUCAUGAAAGAGACCCGGGCCCAACAAAGCAUAACCUAUAUGGAUGCCCAAGUGUCCUUAUUUCAGGAUCUCUCCACCUUCACCCUGGAAGCCAAAAGAGCUUUUCGACCUCUGACCACCCUCAUGCUAGAACGACGAAUACCUUACAAUGGGGGAUUUCCCUUCAGCCUACAAGCUAAAGUAGGAAACUCCUGGCAUAUAAUCCGCUGGCCAGCCAAUGUCCCUUCUUGCGCACCGCCUGCCUCCCCACUGUAUUGGUCCCCAAUUGGAUCCUGGAAAGACCGCCGCAACAACGACGCCAAUCAGGAGAGCGCCUGGGAACGGAGAGGCGGCCCAGAUGGCCCGGAAGAAUAG